AUGCUGCAGUCCAGUGAUGGAGUGUCCUUCAGGACUGUUAGCGUUUUGCUUCUCCAUCAUGUCAUUCUUCUAAUACAGUCUGUUGGAGCUCUGUCAGAGUUGAUUUGUUCACAUCAACCAAUCGUAGCCCUGGCUGGUGAUGAUGUCAUUUUGCCAUGUCACCUUGAACCUGCAGUGAGUGCUGGUUCUGAGACAGUGGUGUGGACCAAACCUGGUUUGGACCCAAAGUACAUCCAUUUUCACCACGAUGGACGACUGAUGUUUCAGAGGCAAAAUCCAUCCAAUCAUUAUCGUACAAUAAUGUUUGUGGAUCAACUUACAAAAGGAAACGUCUCCCUGAAAAUCUUCAGGGUGAAAAUCACUGAUGCAGGAAAAUACUUAUGCAUCCUUCCAUCAAUGCAGAAGGAAGCUUCCAUCCAACUCACUGUUGGUGCAGUUUCUGAGCCAAAACUCUCAGUGAUUACAGCCAAGAGUGGAGGAGUGACUCUUCAGUGUGAGGCGGACUGCUGGCUGCCCGAGUCUGAGCUCACGUUUGUGGAUGACGAGGGAAACAACAUCCCUGCUGAUGCCCCAAAAAGAGAUCAAGAUGCCAGAGGGUGUUACACUGUGACACAAAGAGUGACUCUCCAGCAUCCUACCAACAGGGUCACCUGCAUAGUUCACCAGCCAGAGAUCAACCAGACCAGGGACACUCAGAUCCUCAUACCAGAUGACUACGUACGUUCCUGCUCCCUAAUGACUGCCAUCGCUGUUGGAGAGGCCAUUUUACUUCUGUCUGCAACAUUAUGUGGAUUAGCUGUGAUGUUAUGGAAGAGAUGUGGCAGAUCUGCAGAAAGAAAAGAACAGUCUGUGACAAGGCAGUCGUCAGAUCAAAUUACAGUCAGUGGUACCUCUGGAAAUCAACUGCUUCUGCAGAGAGCCAGGGUUUACAGUGCUGACACUGUGGAAAACAGCAGCUUUGAGGCAUUGACCAGAGUCGUGGCAGACCUCAAGUCAAAGCUUCCUGAGAAAGAGGAGACCAACCGCCCACAGCAACGUGACUUGAAAUCAAAUGUUGUUUGCAGUCCUGCAGCUUCAAGUGACAGCAACCCUCCAGUAGCUCACAGCUUACCCCAGAAUCAGGUUCUGACUCCUAGCAUCUCACAACAACACGGCAAUCCAGCAUCUGACAGCCCAGUCUCAAGAAAACGUCAUAACAACAGCAGCCCUGCUGUUUUGAACUUUAAGGUUCCAGUGUUGUCUGGUUCUUUUUCAGCCAACAUUUUACAGAAAAAGAUCAGUCGUUCCAUAAGUGAGCCCACUGCUCAGCUUCGUCCAAGUGUUCCCAAGCUUCAGCGCAGACAUUCCUCAGCGCUUACAACCCUGUCUAAUAACCGCUUUACACUCUUGGCAGACUUACCAGAGGAAUCCGAGCUGUUAGUACCAUGAGGAAGAGCACAGAGCUAAACACAAAGCAGUAAAAGUGCAUCAUGGCCUUAAAAUCAUCAGUUCUGUUAUAGAACGUGUUCCAUCUUACAAAUACUUAUUGUCAAUACCAUUGUCUCUUGUACAAUCUAGUGUGGUGGAACUCUUUUAAAGGCUAAGGCUACGUAAUGCAUGCAAAAUACGUAUAAUAAAUAAGUUAUCUGACUCGUUCCAAAGAUUGGUUGGUCUUACGGAUUCUUCGACUCAGUUACAGAGAACAGCCUUUGAACACAAUAAAUUUCAGGAAAUGUUUCUACUGGACAAUUUAAAUGCUGAAUGAACACAUUACUGUUGAAUGUAAUUUUUAUUUCUAAAUUAUGUUUUUUAUAUGCUAAACACAGGGCUCAUCUGUAAAACAAACCCUGGUCUCAGUCUGAUUUUCUUUGUGAAAAUGAAGGUAAAAAGCUGCAUUUUCUGCUUUCCACAGAUGUUAAACAUCUAAACUUUAUUUUAAAAAAUGUACUGCAUGUUGUAAUGUAUUACAAUAAGAUUUGAUGUCUGGAGUUGUAUGUGGAGGGGCAUUAUUUACAAUUCUUUGUACUUGUGAUGAAGAAUUGAUUCUUAAUUAAAAUUCUUAAUUGUUGUAUA